CCCCAUUUUACGCACAUUUUAAACGCAUCUCAUUUGUAAGCACUCAGUACAGGGUAUUCCGAAACUCCCUAUUCGGGGCUUUUCUCGGCUUUCCCUUUUCCCUUCCCUUGCUGUCUUUCUAAACAGUGCCGGGAGCUUGCCUAUCCUCGCCUGCCCCGCGUUCUCGGCCCACCGCACCCUGGGCACUGCCGGACCAGCCACAGGUCCACGUCUGGAAGCUGUGAGAGCCUCCUGAACCACCCCCGGCCACUCCGUCCCGCCUUCCUUGCUGAGCCCAGCUCCUCUCUCAGCAGGCCUCCAGGACCCAGCCGGCUGCCAGCUGGUGCCAGUGACCAUGGACGUGAGGUGGCCUCCCAGCUCCCGCCCCCUGCUGGGAGUCUGCACCUUUGUCUGCCUGGCCAGCGCCGCCUUCCUGGGGCACGUCCUGCUCCAUGAUUUCUUGGUGGUCCCCCAAGAGCAGCGUGGUGUCUCCCAAGUACCUGAGGAGCUUUAUCGUGCUCGCCAGCAGGGAGCCAGUGACCCAGGCCCCCAGCCCACCCCAGGGCACCACGGCAGUCCCCAAGCAGCACCCACACAGUGUGAUGUGCCCCCCAACAGCCGCUUCGACUGUGCCCCCGACAAGGCCAUCACGCAGGAGCAGUGUGAGGCCCGGGGCUGCUGCUACCGGCCUGCAAGGCAGUGGCCUCAGAUCCCCCGGAUGGGGCAGCCCUGGUGCUUCUUCCCACCCAGCUACCCGAGUUACAAGCUGGAGAACCUGACCACCACGGAGACAGGCUACACGGCCACCCUGACCCGCAACACCCCAACCUUCUUCCCCAAGGACAUCUUGACCUUACGGCUGGACAUGCUGCUAGAGACGGAGAGCCGGCUUCACUUCACGAUCAAGGAUCCCGCCAACAGGCGCUACGAGGUGCCCCUGGAGACCCCGCAUGUCCACAGCCGGGCCUCGUCCACACUCUAUAGCGUGGAGUUCCAGGAGGAGCCUUUCGGGGUGGUCGUGCGCCGGAAGCUGGACGGCCGGGUGCUGCUGAACACGACAGUGGCCCCCCUGUUCUUCGCCGACCAGUUUCUGCAGCUGUCCACCUCCCUGCCAUCCCAGCACAUCACAGGCCUUGCCGAGCAUCUCGGCUCCCUGAUGCUCAGCACCAACUGGACCAAGAUCACCCUCUGGAACCGGGACAUCGCCCCCUCGCCCGACGUGAACCUGUAUGGAUCGCACCCUUUCUACCUGGUGCUGGAGGACGGCGGGUCAGCUCACGGGGUCUUCCUGCUGAACAGCAAUGCCAUGGAUGUGGUCCUGCAGCCGAGCCCGGCCCUCAGCUGGAGGUCGACAGGUGGGAUCCUGGAUGUGUACAUCUUCCUGGGCCCUGAGCCCAAGAGCGUGGUGCAGCAAUACCUGGAAGUCGUGGGCUACCCGUUCAUGCCGCCGUACUGGGGCCUGGGCUUCCACCUCUGCCGCUGGGGCUACUCCUCCACCACCAUCACCCGCCAGGUGGUAGAGAACAUGACCAGGGCCCGCUUCCCGCUGGACACGCAGUGGAAUGACCUGGACUACAUGGACGCCAGGAGGGACUUCACCUUCAACAAGGACGGUUUCAGGGACUUCCCGGCCAUGGUGCAGGAGCUCCACCAGGACGGCCGGCGGUACGUGAUGAUCGUGGACCCUGCCAUCAGCAGCUCCAGCCCCCCCGGCAGCUACCGACCCUACGACGAGGGUCUGCGGAGGAGGGUUUUCAUCACCAAUGAGACUGGGCAGCCUCUGAUUGGGAAGGUGUGGCCCGGACUCACUGCCUUCCCCGACUUCACCAGCCCCGAGGCCCUGGACUGGUGGCAGGACAUGGUGUCUGAGUUCCAUGCCCAGGUGCCCUUCGACGGCAUGUGGAUCGACAUGAACGAGCCCUCCAAUUUUGUAAAGGGCUCUGUGGACGGCUGCCCCGACAAUGACCUGGAGAAUCCGCCCUACGUACCAGGGGUGGUUGGCGGGACGCUGCGGGCCGCCACCCUCUGUGCCUCCAGCCGCCAGUUCCUCUCCACGCACUACGACCUGCACAACCUCUACGGCCUGACGGAAGCCCUCGCCUCCCACAGGUGAGGGCCGAGCUCCCAGCGGCCCCGCGCCUCGGGGGGGCC